AUGGCGAGGGUCCCAUUUAUAGGACGGCUCUUCUGGCGGGAGUACCUGGCCCUCCUCGGAUCUCUCAUCUUAGUCGCCUUUGAAGCCUUUAUACGAGUGAUCACACUCGGGCUGCCGCAGCCCAUUAUUCGCUUAUGUUACAACACGUCCAGAAGACUCUUCAACAGCCUAUCCUCAACCAAAUCAAAGCAAGCACGUGCGCAGAAUAAGACGAUCUCACACUCCGUUGCGACAUGCUCAGACUUCACCGAGCUAUGUGCGCUAUUCGGCUACUAUGCUGAGGAGCACAUAGUUCAGACCGGCGACGGAUAUCUGCUGGGUGUCCACCGUCUGCCAUUUGCGAAAGGCGAAGACUACGACCAUGCUCGCACCAACGCUGGCCCAGGUUCUACGAGCAAACCAGUCGUGUACCUUCAUCAUGGACUGUUAAUGAACAGUGAAGUCUGGGUGUGUCUCACCGAGGAGGAACGAUGUCUGCCUUUUGCUUUAGUCAAUCAGGGCUACGAUGUCUGGCUCGGGAACAACAGAGGAAACAAAUACAGCAAGAAAUCAGUGCAUUGCUCACCUACCUCACCUAGAUUCUGGAACUUUUCCAUGGACGAGUUUGCCUUCCACGAUAUUCCAGACACCAUAGACUAUAUUCUACAAACAACUUCCCAGCCCACACUGUCCUACAUCGGCUUCAGUCAGGGUACGGCACAAGCAUUUGCUACACUCUCCAUUCAUCCGGGUAUGAACGACAAGGUCAAUCUCUUUAUCGCCCUCGCUCCUGCAAUGUCGCCAGCUGGACUGAACAACGGCAUCGUCGAUUCCCUUGUCAAAUCGAGCCCCGAUGUCCUUUUCCUCACGUUUGGCAGAAAAUCUAUCCUCUCGUCGGCGACGAUGUGGCAGUCAAUUCUAUAUCCCCCAAUCUUCGUCCGACUUAUCGAUAUGUCACUAGGCUUCCUGUUUGCGUGGUACAGCAAGAACAUUUCAGCCCAUCAGAAGCUGGCAGCUUACCCACACUUGUACAGCUUCACAAGCACAAAGUCGGUCGUGCACUGGUUUCAGAUUAUCAGGAAUAAAUCUUUCCAGAUGUACGACGACGACUCAUCAAAUGCUAUGAGCAUCGGAUCCAGCUCACGAUACUACAAAGUAGCUAAAUUCCCCACACGUAACAUCAAGACACCGAUCGUACUGGUCUACGGUGGCAGUGAUUCUCUGGUGGACAUAAGGGUCAUGCUGAAGGAACUUCCGAAGCAUACCAUGGCGUUCGAGAUCCCGCAUUUUGAGCAUCUGGAUUUCCUUUGGGCGCAAGAAGUGGACAAGCUGGUCUUCCCUCAUGUGUUUGAAGCAUUGAGGCAUUUCGCGGUCGAAAGAGAGAAUGCCGGGACGCCUCGCAGCCUCGCAUUGACUUUGACCAACACAGCUCACUACCACCGAAGGCAAGGCAGCGGCAGUGUAGGGUGGUCGGAAGAUGAAGCGUCGUAUUCCGACCUCGAUCAGACGAGCCCGGUGAUUAAGAGCUUCGCUCAACGACAAAGAGAACGACCGUAUACGACGCGGUCUCCAGCUAACGCCUCGAUGGUGGCUCUGCCAUGGUCUGAAAAGCGACCUGUGGUAGAAGUGAAUGGCCAGGCUUCGGCGGAGCAGCUUUCCGCUUCUGCCAAUGGAUCCGGUGCUGGUGCGGUUGAUAAGACUGGGGAGAGCAAUUCAGAUCUGGAUAUUGCUGAGAAGACGAUACGUCCACCGAGCUCUCAGGGUGGCGACAGAAGAUCUGUGUCAGGUUCUAGCAGCGCUUCUCCGCUUGUCCAUCCGAAGUUUGGGUCUAAGGGCAUAUCUGUUGGCACAGCGCGUCCUAGUGUGGUGGCUACGGUCAACCCUGACUUGUCUUCUUGA